UGGCUGAUCACAGCUGACCACCAACACCAACACUGACCACCAACCAGCUCACAGCAAUUACCUCAGAACCAUCGCAUACAAUCAGGAAACGAACAAGAUGACGAAUCUCAGCACACUCAAGAUAUUCAUCAGUCUGGUAUUCUCACUAGCACUCAACCUAGCCAUCCAACCUUCAUCAACAUCGACCGUCCAAGGCCUGGGAUGGAAGAAGUCCAAGGAUAACUUAUUCCAAUCCGACUCACUCUCCGAGAUCUCGAAGCAUUUCAUGAAGAACCUCAACUCAGAUGACAGUCCUUCGACCCAGACAGUACUCACCUUCGACGAUUGCGGUCAAGCCUCUGAUGCCGUAACGAUUGAGAGCUUCGAGGUAGACCCUAACCCUCCCGAACCAGGUCAAAAACUCACCAUUCGUGCCUCCGGUACCGUCCACGAAUUAAUCAAGGAAGGCGCCUAUGCAGAUGUCGUAGUCAAACUUGGAGCGUACAUCAAGCUAAUCCAGAAGCGAUUUGAUAUCUGUGAAGAACUAUCAAAAGCGAAUGCAACGCUCCAAUGUCCCAUCGAACCAGGUCAUUACGAGAUUGUCCAGGAAGUCGAACUACCCAAGCAGAUCCCCCAUGCCAAAUACAAGGUCGAGGCGCGUGCUUUCACUCAAGACGAUGAGGACAUGGCCUGUGCAGACGUCGUACUCGAUUUCUUGAAGUCUUGAGACCAUCCCCUCUGUUCGCCCCCAAACGAGUUUCCCCUGUUUUUUCUCAAGCUCUGUUAGCUCACAAGCAACAUCUUUCCCUCAACUCAUCAAGCACGUCUUUCUUAUGCUCCUUUCUCUUGCUUCCCUUCACAAUGGCCUCUUUUUUUAAAGUCACCCGUUUUUACCCUUUUCCAACACACUAUUCUUCAUCUUUUCCGUUCUCAGGGGUUUCAAAUGAUCUUCAUACCAAUUCACAUAACCAGUAAUGCAUCAAAAAAAAGACAAGCCGGCACCUCACAAUCUUUCUUGUUCUUGUUUUUGUUGUUGUUUUGUUGUUGUUGUUCUUCUUCUUCUUCUGAUUGCUCAUGUUGCUCCAACUCGAUUGAUAUGUACACAAGUCUCAUUCAUAACCUAUUUCUUCUAGCUUGCUAAUGUAAUCCGUUUGCCAAUCAUUCUAUUGACUCCAUGUGCUUUUGGUCUCACCCUGAAGGUUAUACAAAUGAUAGUCCUACUGGAGGUAGAUACCCA